UUAUGUCAAACGUAACGUUCACAAAACGUCGGGACAGUGGUCAAUAACUAUGGCGAUAUCUCACGGAUUAACGAUAACCGUACUUGUUGCAUUAGCAACAAUUAUAUCGGUGCAAUGCCAGGACGUAAGCUAUAUCACGCCUACCGAGAGGCAGUUGAGAGCAAAUCUUACACAGCUCGUACAGUUCGUUCUCCACCCGUCAGCCACACCCUCAAUGGACCUUAUAAACUACGCCCUGGUAGCUGGAGGGCAACCUAAAACACAAGCCGAGAGAGACGCCUAUCUAGGCAUGAUGAAGAAAAUGGCACGUGAUAUACCGGAACUAGUUAAACAAUUUACGAUCACAGAGACACUUCCGGGCGGCACGAAAAUAGAAAAACUAGACAAUAGUGCAUUGGACGCACAAAUUAUCAGAAGAGCUGUGCAGUAUGUAAAGAAACAACAAAAAGAACAGGCCGCAAAAGCUGCACAAGCCGCUAAUGCGUCGACUACAGAUCCCACAGUGAGCGGCGCAGUUAGCGGGUCAAAUACUGUUGAUCUUAACACCGGGGUAAGCGAUACAGCAGUUGCUUCUCAAGCCGCUAUUAACAUAGGUCCUUUAGCUAAUGCAGUGAUUCCUACCGAAACACCGAUUGUUCCUGGAGUGUUUACAAAUGAACAAACAGCGAAUGUGCAAGGAUCACCGGCCGUGCAGGACCUUCAACACAACACUAUAAUUCCUGCCGCAGACGGUACUAUCAGUUUAGAAGAUGUAUUUAUGCAUAUAAGUUCGCAAAAUGCGAAUAAUUUCGGGAACUUUGGGAACCAGCCGGCCAUGUUUAUAUAAAAAAAAACACCAACUUCAUGUGAUUGAAUGAAAAACAGUUCUGUUUUGUAAAACGUUAUAAAUUUUUUAGAAAUACCGAUUUUCAUACUUUAGUAUCUUCUGCUUAAUUGCUUCAUUAAAAUAAUAAAACUAA